AUGGACAUUGGCAGAUCUAACGGGAAUGGAGAUGUGUCCGUCAUGUAUAACCUUGGAGCGAGGAUUAGGAGUUUCCAGACAACCUCUAUCGUUGAUGGUAAGAAAUUUCGAUGGCGUUAUACUGUGAUACCUUACCAGGGUAUGGCUAGAUUGGGCUUCUUUUUCCAUCCAUUCCAGAGCUCAAAAAACGAUAAAGAGAUUUAUAAAGAUGCUGUCCAGUGCAUCUGCUGUAAGAACAUAACGUACAAUUUCGGCGACUGUCGAUCGAAGAAGAAAGAUAUUGUUGAGACUAUGAUCAGUGUACUGCGGCAGCACCUAAAAAAUAAUGAAUGUAUACUAUCAGAACUGAAGUUGAAAGUGCUAGAGGAUCAUUUAAAUGAAUUCUCUAAUGAAAAUUGGAGUGAUCAUCUCACUUUUGGUGAUCCGAUGAGCCAAAAGAUGCUCGAUUUCAGAGAGUCUACUUUCCUCAUGAAUUGGGAUCCGCCAAGCGAUAGCUUGCUUCCUGCUUGUAUGUCUCAAGCUGGUCUGUUACGGUAUGACAGCUCAUACACAGGAUUUGAGGAACUUAUGGAAAAUGAUGCCCAAGAUGCAUGCUACUGUGUUUAUUGCAAGCGUAUUGUAGGUUCAUGGCAGCCCAAUGAUGAUCCUUUAUUAGAACACUACAGAAGCAGUAACGGCGGUAUGUGCUAUUUUUUUGAUAAGAUGAGGUCGGAUUCGACAUACAAUGAGGUUAUAUCAGAGCUUGAGACGACGUUCGCAUGUCUCACAAAUGAUCAUGAUAGCAAUGAGUCUAACAUAGAACCUCACGAACAGGUAGACUCACCAUUGAUUUCUCAAGAAGCCGAUGCAAUAUCUCGGGAUGAGGAAUUGGCCAAGGACCACGAUUUGGCCCACGCUGAUGAACGCCCAUCUUCUAUAGCUCAAAUGAAGGAGGAGUCCAUCUCCAGAAAACAAACAAAUAAAGACGAGAUCCAAGACAACGGUCCCCCAUCACCAGAGAGAUCACCAGCAAGAAAAAAAAGGAUACUGAGAAGACUAUCAACGAGGAAAUAUUUCGACGACAGAGAUGGAGAUACCACCUAUGACUCAGAGCAUAGCUUCCGUGAAGAAAAGGAUCUCGUAAUCGAAUUUAAAGAACGUACCAAAAAGGCUAGAGACAUUGGCAGGACGAAUAAAAUUUUGGACGAUAGUAAUGAUGAAUUCAGCUUCAGCGCACAAGGCCAUAGUGCUUUUGAGAUACCCACAUUCAACUCUAUUCUCCCCUCUAAUAACAUCAGUGAACGGAACGAAAUUACAGACGAACGGGUUGAGAAGUCGCUGAGCGACCAAUCAUCCGUCCAAGGAAGUCCAAAAGAGAAAACCGUGCAUCCUGAUGAAAGGAAUUUGAAGCUAGAUGACAUUCCAAUUGAUGCCGUUUUGAGCUCCGAUUCCUCGUUGGACUCUAAUGCUGCAUCAUCGCCUUCUAGAGAGCUCCUGACAAACCUAAAAGAGGAAAAAUCAGAUCAUUCAGCCACUGAGCUGCGGCAUCUUAGGCCUCUCCAAGAUGCAAGAUCAACUAAUUUUGUCAUUGACGAUCUAGAUGACGAGCUAAGCGCUUCUAGGAGCGUUUUACGCGACACGCAUGAAAACAUAACGUCGUUGGACACUGGCACGCCGCUUCCUAGUAGAUCUGUGUUGAAUGGCUCUGGCAGCCCAAAUUACGAUCAAAAACAGGAAUCGAUAAGAAAGCAGAUUACGCAAGAUGAAAAAUCUUCUGUGAAUCACUCACCACUAGAUCAAUCACCAAUAAAUCAAUCACCAAUCCACCAGUCAUCAUUAGAAGGACUGAAAAAUACUGAAACUCCACGGCUAGUGCCUCCAGAGAAGAAGAAAGAUGACCAAAGACUAUUACAUACAACUGAAGAAAAGUCCGAGAAUUCGGAGUUGGACAGGAGAUUGGUCAAGGAAUACUUCCACGAUCUUCUUGUCUACAUAAAUAAGAAUGAUGCAACGCUAAGGAAUGACCGAGAUGGUGAGUUAGCUUUUUUCAUCAAGCAGAUGCCCAGAUCAGAACUUGACAUGACUUUCACUGACUGGCUCAACGAGAAAUUGAAGAAGGUGAAAGACGACUUUCUCGAGGAAAGCAGAGUGAAGUUAGACGUUCUCAAGAGAGAUUUUGAGCGAGCUUGUGAUACAGUUAAUUCACUAAAUAACGAGGAAGCCCUUCUCAAAAUUGCUGCCAAUCUAGGGAUAUCGUGA